AUGAGUCAACCACCACCUCCACAACAAUUAGGAUCAGGAUAUGAUAAAAACAAUUUUACGGAACGAUAUAUUGAUGAAAUUGAUGAUGAUGCCAUAACAACAACAACCAAUCAUACAAAUGCCUAUGAAAUGAAAACAUUUUCACAAAAUUCUAUUGUUCAACAGAGAAGAGCAACAGUUGCUGUGGAUUAUGAUACAAAAGAAGAUCCUAAUUUGGAGGAUCCGAUGGAUUUAGGUCAGGGAAAAACAAAAGCUACAAAUGAGGAGGAUCAAUUGAAAAAGAAAGAAAAAGGAAUGACACAUCGAUUAAUGACAUUUCCAUAUUGGACUUGUUUAUCAUCAAUUGCUGAAAUUACUAUAUUUAUUGCAAUGUGUAUUGUUGGAAAUGGUAUUGAUGAUCCAUUGAAUAAUCCAAUGAUUGGUCCAAAGGAAGAAAUUGUCAUUAAAUUUGGAGCUAAGAAGAAUGAUUUAAUGAAAAGUGAUGGAACUCAAUUUUGGAGAUUUUUAGUUUUCAUGUUUAUCCAUCAGAGUGUUUUAAUUUUACUUUUCAAUUUAAUGUGGUUAUUAACAACAGUUCGUAAAAUUGAAGGAGUUUGGACUGCACCUAGAAUGUUCAUCAUUUACAUGAUUUCUGGAAUUGGAGGUGGUUUAUUGAGUAGUGUUUUCAGUUUUGAUUUAAUUUCUACUGGUUCAACUUCAUGUAUUGUUGGAAUUAUUUCAGCAUCUCUGUCAGAAUUAAUUUUAAAUUGGGAUGUCGUGUUUAAUCCUUUCAAAUCAUUAUUUAGUGUUAUUAUGCAAUUGCUUAUAUUCUUUGUAAUUGGGUUAUUGCCUACAGUUGACCAAUUUGCACAUAUUGGAGGUUUUGUUUGUGGAUUCUUGACAGGUAUCAUGUUAUGUGCAAGAAAACAAAAACCAGAAUUAGAAAAGAAAUGGGUUAAAUUCACCGUUAUUGCUUCUAGAGCUGUUGCUGCUGUUUUAUUAAUUAUUUACUUUGCAAUCUUCUUCCCAGUUUUUUAUGGAUUAAUUCCACUCAAUUGUCCAGGUUGUUAUUGGUUAGAUCCAACUUGGAAAAUGUACUUUGGUGAUAAUGAUGAUUAA